AUGGCUUCGUCCACCCGUUCCUACAAUGACGCUAUCGAUGCUCUCAAUUCACUUCAGACACCGUUUCAUAUAAUUGAAGCUCGUCGGAAGGCUGGGAUAAAGCCUGCAGCGGUAUCUAUCAAGGAGAUGAAGAUAUAUCUCCAUCGCAUUGGGUAUACUCCUUCUGAUUUAAAUCAACUCAACAUCGUACAUGUAGCAGGUACAAAAGGCACCCCUCGCAAAACGGGCCUCUUCACAUCCCCCCACCUCAUCGCUGUCCGCGAGCGCAUACGCAUCAACUCAACACCAAUCUCAGAAGAGCUUUUUGCUAAAUACUUCUUCGAAGUUUGGGAUCGUUUGGAGUCAGCACCAAAAGAUGACGGAGAUAAUCUCAUGCCUCCUCGACCUAUCUAUGCUCGAUACCUGACAUUGAUGAGCUGGCACGUCUUCCUUCAAGAGGGAAUAGACGUCGCUGUAUACGAAACUGGAAUCGGCGGCGAAUUUGAUGCCACCAACGUUGUUGAGAAACCCGUGGCGUCAGGUAUCAGCACGUUGGGUAUUGACCAUGUUUUUGCUCUGGGUGAUACGGUAGCCAAGAUCGCAUGGCACAAGGCAGGUAUCAUGAAGACCGGCAGUGCAGCCUUCACCAUAGAGCAAUUCCAGGACGCCGAUGAGGUGUUGCGGAAGAGAGCUGAGGAAAAGAACGUGGUCCUUAAAGUACUAGACGUCGACCCUCGACUAAGCGCAGUUCAAGUUCGACCAGACGCUGCCUUUCAGAAGCGCAAUGCUACGUUAGCCAUUGCCCUUGCAGAAACUGCUCUGGAAAAGAUUAGUAUCUCUCUACCGCCCCGUACCGAGCCUCUGCCCAAGGAGUUUGUGGAUGGUCUUGAGAAGGUUGUGUGGAGGGGUCGAUGCGAGGUUAAGAAAGAGGACAAGGUGACAUGGCAUGUUGACGGUGCUCAUACUUCUGACAGCCUCAAGAUGUCGGCCAAGUGGUUCAAGGAUGAGACAUCAGGACGUGCUGGCCCCCGUGUCAUGAUAUUCAACCAGCAAGGCCGUUCCGAAGCCGUCGACUUUCUCGACUCCGUCUUUAAAGCAACUCGACGAGACGGCAAGCCAGCCUUUGACCAUGUUAUCUUCUGCACAAAUGUUACAUAUGCCGCCUCAGGCUACAAGCGUGACUUUGUUAACCACCAAUUCGACCCUGCUGAGAUUGACAAGAUGACUGUCCAGCAACGCUUCGCCGAGAAGUGGACAUCUCUUGAUCCCACCUCUACCGUCAAGGUCAUGCCUACCAUUAAGCAGUCUAUCGACUACGCCCGACACGUAGGAGAUAAUCUGCCAGAAGGCGAGACAGUUCAGGCUCUCGUCACUGGUAGCUUGCAUCUCGUUGGGGGCGCAUUGGGGAUAUUGGAGAAGGCCGAUGCUCUAUGA